CACGUUUUUUUUGGGAUAAUUUAUCACGCAUUUUUUCCAUUUCAUAAUUCGAUUUGUAAUUUGUCGGUCCAUCAAAGUUGAUUACCAGAACUUUAUUAUAUAUACACACAUGCAUUCAUUCGUUUAGCAGUCCCCCGGGGCCAAUUUGGCUAUCACAACCGAGAUGUGUACGUUGGAGAAGCGAGGAAACGUUUUCAAACUAACGCUCCUCGGUCACGGCGACCAGCACCGCCUUAGCGCCGCCGUGCUCGACGACAUCCACUCCGCCGUCCGCAGCGUCCGGUCCGACCCGUCAGCUUCACGAUCAGUCCUAAUCACAACAUCCAGAGGCAAGUUCUUCUCCAACGGCUACGAUUUCGUCGCCGGCCGAUCCGAUCCCUCUCUCUUCGAAGUCAUGGACGCCAAGCUCCGGUCACUCAUCGCGGACCUUAUCUCCCUCCCCAUGCCGACGAUCGCCGCCGUCAACGGCCACGCCUCCGGUGCCGGACUCGGCCUGGCGAUGAGCCACGACUACAUCCUGAUGCGUCGUGACAGGGGAUUCCUCUACAUGAGCGAUCUCGACAUCGGCGUCGUAUGUCCGGCAUGGUUCAUGCCGAUGAUCCGCCUGAAGAUCGGGUCUCCGGCGGCGAGGAGGAACGUGGUGUUAGCGGCGGCAAAGCUGACCGCGGCCGAGGCGGUGGAGAUGGGGAUCGUGGACUCGGCGCACGAUAGCGAGGCUGAGACGGUUAAGGCCGCGGUUAGGUUGGGCGAGGAUCUGGUGAGGCGAGGGUGGGAUGGACACGUGUACGGUCGGAUGAGGGAGACUCUUCUAAGAGAGGUUCUCGCUGCUAUUGGCUCUUAUGACACCCCUCCGUUGGUUGGUUCGAAAUUGUAGUACGUCUUCAUUUUUUAAAAAAUAAAAACGAGGAAUGUUUGUAAAAUAUAUCUAGAUAUAAAUUAUUGUAUGUCUUUGCAAAAUAAAAGUUAUAAUUUACGUUUUA